AUGCGACAAACUGUAGCAGUCCACGCUGCUACUGCUCAGGUUUCCCCACCACCACAUGCUCCAGCCUCAUCUGUGCAAACCACCACCAAACCCUACUCAGGAAACCUACCGAAGUGCAACAAAUGUAAUUACCAUCAUCAUGGAGAAUGCAAAGAUAUGCAGUGUGCUAACUGCAACUGUAAGGGCCAUACCGCCCGAUACUGUAGAUCUCCACCUCAACCAAACCAGUGUCACAACAACAACAACAACAACAACAAUAAAAAUAACAGCAACGCAGAGGAGAGUCACACUUGUUACGGAUGUGGGGGAACAGACCCUUAUAGACGAAACUGCCCCAAAGCCAAUGCCCAAGGUGCUGGAGGAUCGGGCAGAGUCCUCGCAAUAGGACAAGGUGAAGCGGUUUAG